AUGUCACGCUUCGACUUCCACAUCACGACACCUCGUCUAUACCUCUCAUACUGCGAUCCAACCCUCGAUGCUCACUGCGACUUUUUUCUCGAGCUUCUCCACAGCGCCCCAUCCAGAAAAUGGCAUCCAAAUGUCCUCGAGACAAUUCCAGAUCGCGAAGCUGCCCGCAAGAUACUGGCAGCCGGUGAAGAAAGAUUGAUAAAGACAGGUUACGGGCGUUACCUCAUCAGCUUGAAGCCUGAAAACGAAGACGAGUCCGGAAAGCCCUUUUCAGAGAGGGAAUUUGAGCACAUUGGCCUUGUGAGCAUGCAAGUAGCGAGAAUUGACGGUAUUCCUGGACCAACGAUUCCGGAUGUAGGGUUCAAUAUGAUGGAAAAAUAUCAUGGAAAAGGAUACGCGACCGAGGCGGUACAGGAGUUGAUAAAGUACUAUGAGACGAAGGGCAUCAAAGAGUUUGCGGGUUUGACGCACGUGACCAAUGAGCCUUCGAUGAAACUGUUUCGUAGAGCCGGAUUCAAGAGCUGGGGUACCAGGACUGUAAAGGGCAUUAUGUGGACGGGUGAGGAUGUUGAGGUGAACGUUUGGACUUGUGGAAUUGCGGAUGGGAGCAAGUUGGAGGAGUUUGGUUUGUGA